CUGCGGCUUUAAAAUUCUCAGCCGUGUGCUGCCUUUGCAUAGACAAAUGGCCUCAUUUGAAAGCUCAUUUAGGCGACUACGCUGGGACUUUUAUUUGGAUAGAAAAUAAGGAAAUACUGUUUGUUCUCCAAAAACAUUGAGCUGGCCUAAGGUCAUUUUAUAACGGUAUCAAAAUUGUGGAGAUCACUGAAGUGUUCACAAAGGUUCAUCCCACAGCAGAUGGUUUAAGGAUGAGGAUUAAGACUUGACUCAGUUGCUCCUUCUUUUUGCAGUUAAAGGCCAAGAGGAUUGAUUGAACCAUAAUGGAACUCCCUGGGGAGCAGUACGCAUCCAAACUAGGCCAUGUCCCACUAUUGUCAAACACACAUUAGUCCAUUACGUUGUCUAGCCUUGUCUUUAAUAAUACAGUACAAUACAGGCCACAGUUGAUUAUUUAAUUAAAAAAAAAAAGUUAGGAUGGACAUGGGGCAAUUAAAAAAAAAAAAAAAAGCAGACCACCAGUUUUGUUUUUUUCUUUUUACUAGACUUUACACCGAUCUAAUCUGUUUGAUCGGUAUCGGCCAAUAAUUAGCAUUUUAUGCUGCUCGGCCGAUCAGCUUUCAUGUCAUAAUUCGCCGAUCUGCUCAAUGACGUCAUCAGCUACGCAAAGGACAUUUACUCUGCGUCGCGUAAAAGCUAGUUUAUUUUUCGCCUUUUCACGUGUCUUGUGGGGUAGUACUGUAACUAUCUGACAGCCAAUAAAGUUUUUUUUCAAUCUUGUCAGUGAAUAAAACACGUCGUCGAUGCGGGACUGUUUUGCGGUGUCUCAGACAAACGACAGGCAAGUUAUUUGCAGUCUGUGCACAACUGAAGUACGUCGUGGGGAACGUCAUUUAAAUGCUUCAACACAACUAAUUUGAUCGGGCACCCGAAGAAUGUACACGAGGCGCAUGCCGCGUUCAAGCAAUGCAGCUUGUGUGGUGGGGGCGGGGGGGAAUUGCCAAACGGACGCAAACUUUGGACAACACCCGUCCAUAUAGCCGGGACAGUGAGAAAGUUAGAGUAAGCAUGUCUUUAACAGUAUUUGUUAAAGUAAUUUGAUUACAAUAAAGUAAUUUAAUUACAGUAAGUUAGCACCCAUUAUUUCUAUCAUGUUGUAAUGUUGAUUUGACCUAAACUUAUGUCAGGGACCCGAUCCUUGAAUGCCCCCUAGAGGUCAUUGAUGUUUUAACUUUUGUCUAAAAUGCUAGAAGAUGCAGUACUCAUUAUACAGUACAAAAGUGUAUAUACAGUAAAUGAACAAGUCAUAUAAAUAGACACAUUGCUCCAUCUUGUGAUCGGUUAUCCUUUUUUUAAACCUGCUGAUCGGUCCCCAAAAUCCUGAUCGUGUAAAGCCUACUUUUUACCCUUAGGUCACACUGUGCUAGCUCACAGUUGCCAGCAGACUGCCUGGUGUCAUUUGGGCAACGGACGACGAGAACUGAGGCUAUCUUUGGCACAUCCAUACUGUACAUGGGGUUACUGCAUUUGGCUUCCUAACAGCUUGUGUUGGCCACUGAGGUUAAAAUGACAACACAUUAGGGCAGACUUAUUAAAAAUGCCGCAACAUGACAAUGAAACAUCUGGGGGCGGGGGGAAACUGUUGAUACAUUAAGCUCUUAGUCAUGGAUUAGUUGUGAUAAUACGAUUAAGACUUUUUCUGCAUCUAUAAUAGGAUUCUGUCACAUAGGAGAAAACUUGCUACAUUUGUUAUUCAUUGCUACAAUUUGAAAGCUGGAAAAAGAAAUGCUGUUGUCAUUUGUUUGCAAGUUUAAUAGGCCACACUUAAAGGCAGACAUGGUUAGAUGAAUGGAUACUAUAAAUUCAUCAUCAAGAAAUAACCUUUGUUCAGCACUUCUUGCACUUUGUGAAUUAUGAGAGCGGUUGUGAGUGUUGGCAUGUGGUACCAGUCAAUCUCCAGCCUGAGAGCAGAGCUGUGUGUGAGCAGGCCUGACAGGAAUCUAAUCUGCAGCUUCCACAUCUGUUUCCUCCUUUUCAUAGUACAUCCAUUCAGUCGCACUUCAUUCAGAUCCUACAGAAAGCAUUGUUUGGCACUGAAACUCUUGUAGAUUUUGAAUCUUCAGGUAUAUCCGGCAUGGUAGUUGAUGGACUGCAGAGUGGCAAAAAUAGGUGGGAUGAACAUUGCUGCCAUUUUAUUCUUAUUGAACCUUUUUAGGUUCUUCCUCUUCUUAGCUAUGCACCACUUACCGGUACUUUUCAUUUGCUGAUGUAAAACUAUUUACAGGGUUUCUUUAUUUGAAACAUGUUUACUGUAAAAGAUUUUAGAAGCACUUUGGAGCUAUGCUGUUUGAUAGUCUGCUUGUAGAGGUUCCUCAGGAGUAAAAAUUUGCGCCAGUGUUACUGCUCACUGAAGAAUCUAAAACUGCGACUGGAGAACAGAAUACAGUGUAGGGUUGGCAGGCUAUGGUGGUACAAAACAUUGUUUGCGCAAUGUCAGUAUCACUGUAGGGUGAGCAGAAUUGAGUUUUCUCACAAAGAGAUGGUUGUGACUUGUGAGGCAUCUUUUUCAUCUUGUAACCACAUAUUAAAAUAAAAUUCAGAAGUCAGUUACUGUAUGAAGAUCAACCACCUAUCGGUUCUGAGUACAAUGAUUGACUUUUACACAGGCCAAUGAUGUAUGAAGAGUGACUAAAAAGCCAGUCAAUGAGAGUCACAUUAAGGGCCUCAUUCAGUCUGCUUCAUUCUUUAUUCAGAGUGUUUACAUGAUCCUGUAAUGUUUAUUGCAUUAGCUUUGCUGUUCCCCCCCCCUAAAAUUGGUUAAUUAAAAUGUAUUGAUUUAUGUAUUUUUAAAAUUUAAUUAUCCAAUAAAAUAAUUGGUUGAAUGAUUUAUUGUGAAGAAUACAAGAAGUAUAUUUUAUUAAUUGUUAUAAAACAAUUAGUUGGUUAAAAUAAAUAUAAAUUUGAAUAACGUAGAUCAUUUUACACUUGAAACUAUAUGAGUCCCAGGAUGCACAUGUCAUGGAAACAAUGAGUCCCAGCCCUGGAACAAUGAGUCCCUGCAAUUUUAUCAUUACGGAAUACAGAUACAGUAAUCCUCCUCGACAUCACGGUUUUUGCUUCACAGUCUUGCUAUAUUGCAGAUUUUUAUUACAGUUUUAUACUUUUUGUACAAUAUUGUUGUCAUCGAUUGCUCUUGCUUUUUCUCAAUAUACUAUGUGUUUAGGCCUGCCAUGAUAGCAAUGUUUUAGAACGAUAUAUUUCCCCAAAAACCUUCAUGAUAAAUGAGAGUAUCGAAGUAUUUUUAUUUUUUAUUUUUUUUAUGCCACUGAUAUAAUGAUAUUAGAGCAUAAUAAAGAAUUGUGCACAUCUUACAAAUUCUGCCCUGGUAAUAAAACAUGAGAGCACAACUGUGUAAUGUUCUCUCAUUUACUAAAUAACAGUAGGGCUGCUUUUCAUUAUAAAUAAAAAGAUAAAGUUAUAUGUGUUCAAAUAAACUUAAGAAAAAUAAAGGUAGUUUUCCCCUUUUCUGUUUGGCAUCUUGCCACAACAUUGAAGUCUCAAACAAAUUAACAGAUUUUAUUUUAACAGCGGAACCGUUUAAGAGGUUAUGUUUGUUCAAAACCUUUGUUUUGUUUCAUAACGGCAUUUCAGAUCUAUGCACUUUUUUUUUUAUAAGUGCUCCGGGUGGGAACUAUCCGCUGAGAAGUACAUACAAAAAUGACACUGACUAUUCCAUUUUAAGCACCAUUUUCUUCCUUUAUCGGUCAUUUUCUAAUCUUUCUCUGUCUUUAACUCAAUUUACACACUGCGUCUCUUUCUCCCUCCCCUGCUAUGUUUCUCCUCGUCUCUGUGUGGGCUGCCCGCAAUCAGUGAUUAUGCCUGAGAUGCAGAUUUGAUUGGGUGAAGGGGGUGGCUGAACUGGCAUGUGAUUGGUCAGUAUGGUUCAUCACUACCUUAAAGCCUGUAGUAUGUUGUGGCACUCUGUAUGUCGAGAAUCAUAACCUUUUUUUUUUUCUUUCUUUUUUUGGCAAUGGUGUGCGUACGUAGGGCACUACUUCUGGGUCCGGAAAAAUGAGAAUCCAUUAGUAUUUUAUUAUUAAAAUGAACUAUUUUAUAUACACAGUUGACCUCAUCUAUGAAUGACUUUGCUCAUCUAGCUAUCUUAAAAAUCAAAUAUGGCCACAUUGACCACAAAAGUUUGCCCAUCCUGUGUCCAUAGUAAGAGACAAUCUGAGGAGGUGGGACCUAAAGAGAAAUGAAAGUUAUAGUGCAGUCUGGGCUAUAUUCUCCUGUUUGCACAAGUAAUUGUAUUCUCUAUUAGCAUAUUUUCCCAUCCAGACUGGUGAAUUUAGGAAUGAGUACGCAAAUACCAAAGCGGUGUGAUAAAUUGAAUUCUGAGGCUAGCUGUAAAUCAUGGAGCAUGGAGUUAUCAGUUUUCCAGAUGUGUGACUGUCAUUGAAAUGCAUGAGAAACAUAAAGCGCCCUUUUAGUAUGAAAAUACCUUAGCCUACAUAGCGGAUGUGUCGUCGGCCAGUCAGGAGGUGUGCACCGCUCGGGCUAACACAUUUUGAAGGAGAGGAUGUGUUUUUUAUUCUUCAGGAUAGGACAGGACUCCAAAGAGAGGCACCUGUGAGUCAGGAGCCUGUUACAACAGUUCUGCGAUUUUUUUUUUCUCCUUAAAAACUCUUCUUUUUUCCCUCAUGCCUUUUAGAGCAUUUCCACUUUUAAAUAUUUUUUGCACUGUACGCUGUUUUAAUUGUACUUUUAUUUUUUGCUGUCUGUUUUAAUUGUUUAUAAGCUGUUUUUUCUUAUUUUUCUAAAUAUGCUUAUAUGACAUGACAUUUGUGUUUCUUGAACAUAUGAUAGAAGAUGUAAAUUUACAAUGUUGUUAGGCAGGAGGAAUUUGUUAAUUACGAUAACUUUUACCGUUUUGUUCACUUUUACUUUUAAGCUCAUGAGCACCCAAUGAGCGCUUUGACUUGCACAAGGCAAGAAAAUCCGAGGGACUUUUUGACGCGCUAAGAUGCUUUUGCGAUUGAUAACCACCACCUUGCAUAAUCUAGAUAAACACAACAACAGGAAAUAUCUAGUGACACAUAGGCACAUGCCCACACACGUGGCUUGUCCCAAAAUUAAUGCUGUUGUGCAUCUACUAAUGAGUAAGACAUGCUUAAUGUUUUUGUCAGCAGCCACAUUUCACAAUGAAAAUAAACAGAAUGCAGCAUUGUAUAAUGAAGCGAUGGCACACCUAAACCGGAAGAAUGCCAUUUUCUUUUAAUGAGCAGUGUGAACAAAUGCAGGCCUAUAGGGGGCACAAGCCAGUGCAAACUGUAGGCUGGUCCCAAACCCGGAUAAAUGCAGAGGGUUACGUCAGGAAGGGCAUCCGGCUUAAAACUUUGCCAAACAAAUAUGAGCGUUCAUCCAAAGAAUUCCAUACCGGAUCGGUCGUGGCCCGGGUUAACAACGUCCGCCACCGGCGUUGUCAACCUGCAGGGCGCCGUUGGAAAUUCAGCAACUGUGGGUCAAAGUCGAAGAAGAAGAAGAGGUGGAAAGCGGGUUCUUCAGCAGAAAGAGAAGAGGAAAGCACAGAGCCUAGAACUGAAUGUGGGGACUUUGAAUGUUGGGACUAUGACAGGAAAAUCUCGGGAGUUGGUUGACAUGAUGAUUAGGAGAAAGGUUGAUAUAUUGUGUUUCCAGGAGACCAGGUGGAAAGGCAGUAAGGAUAGAAGUUUAGGGGCAGGGUUUAAAUUAUUUUACCAUGGUGGAGAUGGGAAGAGAAAUGGAGUCGGGGCUAUUUUAAAAGAAGAGUUGGCUAAGAAUGUCUUGGAGGUGAAGAGAGUAUCAGAUCGAAUGAUGAGGCUGAAACUUGAAAUUGAGGGUGUUAUGUAUAAUGUGAUUAGUGGCUAUGCCCCACAGGUAGGAUGUGACCUAGAAGUGAAAGAGAAAUUCUGGAAGGAGCUAGACGAAGUAGUUCUGAGCAUCCCAGACAGAGAGGGAGUCAUGAUUGGUGCAGAUUCUAAUGGACAUUCUGGUGAAGAAAAUCAUAUAAGGAAAAAGGUAAGCUAAGAAGAAGUGGGACACUGAGAGGACCGAGGAGAGGCGAAAGGAAUACAUCUAGAUGUGACACAGGGCAAAGGUAGAGGUGGCAAAGGCCAAACAAGAGGCAUAUGAUGACAUGUAUGCCAGGUUGGAGACUAAAGAAGGAGAAAAGGAUCUAUACAGGUUGGUCAGACAGAGGGAUAGAGAUUGGAAGGAUGUGCAACAGGUUAGGGUGAUUAAGGGUAAAGGUGGAAAUAUGUUGACUGGUGCUAGCAGUGUGCUAGCUAGAUGGAAAUAAUACUUUGAGGAGUUGAUGAAUGAGGAAAAUGAGAGAGAAGAGAGAGAGUAUGGUGGACCAGGAAGUGGCAAUGAUUAGUAAGGGGGAAGUUAGAAAGGCAUUCAAGAGGAUGAAAAAUGGAAAGGUAGUCGGUCCCGAUGACAUUCCUGUGGAGGUAUAGAAGCAUCUAGGAGAGGUGGCUGUGGAUUUUUUGACCAGCUUGUUCAAUAGAAUACUAGCGCGUGAGAAGAUGCCUGAGAAAUGGAGGAAAAGUGUGCUGGUGCCAAUUUUUAAGAACAAGGGUGAUGUGCAGAGCUGUGGGAAGUAUAUAAGAAUGAAGUUGAUGAGCCACACAAUGAAGUUAUGGGAAAGAGUAUGGGAGGCUAGACUCAGGACAGAAGUGAGUAUUUGCGAGCAACAGUAUGGUUUCAUGCCUAGAAAGAGUACCACUGAUGCAUUAUUUGUCUUCAGGAUGUUGAUGGAAAAGUACAGAGAAGGUCAGAAGGAGCUACAUUGUGUCUUUGUAGAUCUAGAGAAAGCCUAUGACAGAGUACCUCGAGAGGAACUGUGGUACUGCAUGCGGAAGUCUGGAGGGGCAGAGAAGUAUGUUAGAAUAAUACAGGACAUGUACGUGGGCAGCAGAACAGUGGUGAGGUGUGACAGACGAAAUUAAGGUGGAGGUGGGACUGCAUCAGGGAUCAGCCCUGAGCCCCUUCCUGUUUGCAGUGGUGAUGGAUAGGCUGACAUAUGAGGUUAGACCGGAAUCCCCGUGGACCAUGAUGUUUGCAGAUGACAUUGUGAUCUGCAGUGAAAUCAGGAAGCAGCUGGAGGAACAGUUAGAAAGAUGGAGGCAUGCACUGGAAAGAAGAGGAAUGAAGAUUAGCCGAAGUAAGACGGAAUAUAUGUGCAUGGAUGAGAGGGGUGGUGGGGGAAGAGUGAGGCUACAGGGAGAAGAGAUGGCAAGGGUGGAGGACUUUAAAUACUUGGGGUCAACCGUCCAGAGAAAUGGUGAGUGUGGUCAGGAAGUGAAUAAACUGGUCCAAUCAGGUUGGAACGGGUGGAGGAAGGUGUCAGGUGUGUUAUGUGAAAGAAGAGUCUCUGCUAGGAUGAAGGGCAAAGUUUAUAAAACAGUGGUGAGUCCAGCCAUGAUGUAUGGAUUAGCACUGAAGAAACAACACGAAGCAGAGCUAGAGGUGGCGGAAAUGAAGAUUUUGAGGUUCACUCUCGGAGUGACCAGGUUGGAUAAGAAAUGAGCUUAUCAGAGGGACAGCCAAGGUUCAAUGUUUUGGAGACAAAGUUAGAGAGAGCAGACUUCGAUGGUUUGGACACGUCCAGAGGAGAGAUAGUGAGUAUAUUGGUAGAAGGAUGAUGAGGAUGGAGCUGCCAGGCAAGGGUGCUAGAGGAAGACCAAAGAGAAGGUUGAUGAUGUCGUGAGGGAAGACAUGAGGGCAGUUGGUGUUUGAGAGGAGAAUGCAGGAGAUAGGCCUACAUGGAAAAGGAUAACGCGCUGUGGUGACCCCUAAAGGGACAAGCCGAAAGGAAAAGAAGAAGAGCAGUGUGAACACAGGCCAGUAGGGGACAGGAGUGGGAGGGGUAAUUUUGACCAAGUCCGGCAGGGUUCGAUUGGCCUAGGGCAGGGGUGUCAAACUCAUUUUUGUCACAGGCCACAUCUUAGUUAUGACGUCCCUCGGAGGGCCGCUACAACUGUGAACCCAUAUAAAUGAAAGAUUACCUCAUAUACUGUAAUUACAUACAGUAUACACAACACAUUGAUGCAUAACCAGUUUUGAAAUCAGAAGCCUAUAAAAACCUGUUUUUCAACUAUUACAUUUCUUUUCAAAGUGGGAUUGGUAACUAAAAAAUGCUUGCAAAUAUCUCAAUGGUAUUACACCAGAACGCAAUGAGCAAUUUUGAUUUGCUUUCGCGGGCCACAUAAAAUGAUGUUUGACACCUGUGGCCUAGGGUGAGUAUGCCCUGAAUUAAAAGGGGGAGAUCCUAUACUCAUGUCACACGAAAUACAGCAGUUUUAUUAUCUUGAAUUAAAUUUUAUUAACCAAAAAUAAUCCAACAGGUCUAAAAUAUAUUUUUGCUGUGUUCAUAAACCCCCUGCAAUGGUGCAGUCUUUUGGUUGGUCGAGAUCAGUGAUCACUAUUGAUAAAAUCAGUAACAGACUGCUGUGGUGUAGCUUCAUGUUUGUACAGAUUAAGAUAACAAUGUAAUUUCCUCUGGUCCUCAUCCAUCAGCAGCUUGUAGGCAUGCUGACAAUUGACAAGCAUAAUAGCGUUGCUUUUUGCAAUGUAUUUUUAGAUUCUGUGAUCCUUUUAUUGCUCAUUUUUCAAGAUUCAGGGAGCCAUCCUCAUUAAUCACACUUAUAAGCAAGACAUGGUUUCAGGUAAAGGUCACUUCAAGUAUGGUUAUUUUUGAACAAGCAAAUGUGAUCAGUUUGAUUGGUGUUGUACGCUAAAUGCUAAAAUAUUUUAGCAUUGACUCAAAUAUUAAAGAAGCACUUUGUUCACUUGACAUUGACACAUUUGAGCGGUUUUCGGAAUGGGCUCCAACUAAGUCUACCUAAAACAUGGAGGAAUGCCAUUCAUCCAGCUAAGGUAUGUCGAAGUUGCGUCUCAGGGAAGUGGGUGUCAAGCAGUUCCAGUCAUAAUUCCAACAGAGCUCACUGAAAUGCAGAGGGAAAAGUGUUAAUGGCAUAGUCCCAAUGUUGUCAUUGCCAUAGCAUUAUUUAUUUCUGUUCUUUGCACUAGAUGAGCAGGAUGAGCACCUUUUAUUCAUGAGGGACCAGUUAUCUCUUGUGCAAAGGCAAAGUUAUAUUUCAGAAAGUCAUCCUGAGGCAGUGUUUCUAAUCUCAUUUCCAGCUAUCGUGCCACUGCUUCACAACCAGGUGAAGAUAACACUGAGAUCCUGUUCCCGCCACUAUCAAUGCCAACUGCAAAAUACAAAUUACUACACUUUGGUGAAGGUGUGGUUCCUCUUUGAUUUUAAUUUGAAUACUUCCAAAUAGUUUUUAGCUUGUCUUCAUACAUAAGUAACUAGAAUGGCACUCAGUAGAUGGCAGUGCUCUAUCAACGUUGUACAACUAGCAACUAAAUUCUGGAUCAUUGUCCCAAUAAUAAAAGAAAGUGUAUUACUGUAUAUCGUCUCUGGAUCAUAGAGAAGUCGUACCACAAAAUAAAUCAAAAUCUGUUUGCAAUGUUUUAAGUUUGUCACAAAAAAAUAUAAAUUCCAAUUUUGUUUGAUUCAAAUGUAUUCAAAAUGUUCAAGUUACGUAGAAAACAUGCACACAACCAUGACUUCUGUUGGGAGAGGUAAUACAAACAGGACAAGUUGUUGAUGUGCUUGUCCCAUCAGAGGGAGCCAGAGCGAGUCAGUCGCAUGAUUUGUUUGGCACAGGUUUUGUGCCUAAUGCCCUUCCUGACACAAACCACCUUUUUUUUUUUUAACUGAAAAUGUAUUGAAUUGUAUCUCCAAAUGUGCGCAAUCAUUUCCUGUUAUUAUAAGAAACUUAACCAAUCCCCACAAUUUCACCGAAAAAGUUUGAACUAUGCUUAUUGGAAGAUACUGUAUGUGAAUUAUAUAUACUAAAAAAAGAAUAAAGUAUUAUAUACAAUAGUUUAGUGAUCUUCCAUCCAUCUGUUUUCUGAGCCUCACAAGGGUCGCGGGAGUGUUGGAGCCUAUCCCAGCUAUCAUCGGGCAGGAGGCGGGGUACACCCUGAACUGGUUGCCAGCCAAUCGCAGGGCACACAUAAACAAACAACCAUUUGCACUCACAUUCACAGCUAGGAGCAAUUUAGAGAUUUCAAUUAACCUACCAUGCAUGUUUUUGGGAUGUGGGAGGAAACCGGAGUGCCCGGAGAAAACCCACGCAGGCAUGGGGAGAACAUGCAAACUCCACACAGACGGGCCCGGGGAUUGAACGACGGUCCUCAGAACUGGGAGGCAGACGCUCUAACUAGUCGACCACCGUGCCGACUUUAGUUUAGUGAUCUUGUAAAACAUAAUUGCAGUGCAUUUUGGUUUGAUGAUGCAUACGGGUAAUAUUGCUGAGCUAGUUUGCAUGAACAUCCGGUCAAAACGUCACACUGGACUACAAGCACAGAAAACGUAAAAUUUUUCAAAAUCCACUGGAAGCGGAUUAGGCCUCAAAUACUACAAGAAAUACAAGAGAAGCAUAAGAGAAAGUGUUUUACUUUUUCAUGACGGUGGACCUCAUAUUUUGGUGUUUUUUUGCCACGAUACAUUAUUAUGUUACAGUAAGAUGAGUCAAUUUGCAGCAAAAACAAAAAAAAGUGUCAAAAGUAUAAUUGUAAAUGAAAAUAUUUUCAGAUAACUACAAGUUGGAUAGUAUUUAAGUCCUAUUAAUAACCUCAUAUCCUUAACAAUGUUUGCAAUUGUCAGUAAAGAAUGAAAAUGUGAUAGGCACCAGCAUAACGUGUCAUAUGUUCCGGGUUUUGUCUUCCCCCCCUGUUUCACACACACCUGCUCAUGUGAGCAUCUUCAUCACCUGUGCCUCGUUCACCCUAAUUACCCCUUGUAUAUAACCUCGUGUCUCAUUUCCUCUCGUUGCCAGUUCGUUGUACCUUGUCGUCGCGUUCCAGCAUUCCUUGUUUCCACGUCAUAGAUUCACAGUAAGACCUGACCCUGUUCCGAUUAUCGACCUUGUCUCUUUGCCUCAUGUUUUUGGAUACUGUUGCCUCUCUUGGAUUGCCUGCCUGUGUACCGACCUAUGCCCGUCUAUUAAACCUCUCUUUUUGGAAACUGUCAAUUUGUUUUGGAGUCGUGCAUUUUUGGGUCCUAUCCUCUGUUCCGUUCAUGACAGAACGAACUGGCCAGAACAUGGACCCAGCAGACUCAGACCCGGUGCGCAAAGCCCUUCAAGCGCAGGGUCAACGCCUCGCGAAGCAGGAUGAGCAGAUUGCCGCCCUCCACCUUCAUCUAGAGGGACUGUCAAGGAAUCAGGACAAUAUGAUGAGACAGGUGGCCUCGCAGUUUGAACUUCUUUUGAAAUUUUUUCAAGAGAAGGAGCCAGUGGGCACCACACCCAGUACUGCCACGGUAUUUCCGUGUGAGGUAGUCACCAUGCAGCCACCUGCCACCUCCGCUGCUGUCUGCCCACAGCUCUCUCGACCGGAGAGGUUCUCUGGAGAAUCUGGGAACAUUAAGCCGUUCAUCACGCAGUGCGAACUCCACUUUGAACUGCAGGGAGCCGCCUUCCCCACCGAGCGGGCAAAGAUCGCAUUCGUCAUUUCCCACCUGACUGGUCGUGCGGAGGCGUGGGCUACUGCUGAAUGGAGCCGCAAUUCCGCCGCGUGUCAUUCAUGGGCUUUUUUCGUCAAGACUAUGGAGCAAAUUUUUCAAUUUUCCACUCCUGAUCGUGAGGCAGCUCGCUCCCUUGUCACCUUACAACAAGGCAAGCGCAGGGUGUCAGAUUACGCGAUUGAGUUUCGCAUUCUAGCAGCUGAGACUCAUUGGAAUAAUCGGGCGCUACUCGAUGCCUUUUUUCAAGGACUAUCCCCCGCCGUCAAGGAUCAUUUAGUCCCGCUAGACCUGCCACCCGACUUGGACACUCUCAUCGCUCUCGCCCUCAAGAUCGACAGAAGGCUUUUGGAUCGCGAGCUGGAUGGAGAUCGGCGGAGGGAUGCUUCACCGCGCACUUGGAGGACGAGCCUCGGUGACAAGCCAAACCAUGGCAGAUUCCCUGCUGCCAGUCUCAAUCCACUGGCUAGCGUCACCACGGAUGAGCCCAUGCAACGGGGCAGGUUCCGUCUCUCCUCUGAGGAACGUCAACGCCGGCUGAGGGAAGGGCGGUGCUUCUACUGCGGUCAGUUGGGUCAUUCCGUGAGCAACUGUCACGUCAAAGUUGCCGGUGCCGGUAGCCAGGGCACGGGAGAGGUGAGUCUGAAUUUCAUUAAGGAAGACCCUACACGGGUUCUUCCUAAAGUGACACUAGGCUCUCCUGAUUUAUCUCAAGUGCCCACCUGUUAUCAGGAUAUUAAAGAUGUUUUUUCCAAGUCCAAGGCCAAAUCCCUUCCACCCCACAGACCUUAUGACUGUGCUAUUGACUUGCUGCCUGGAACUACACCCCCACGAGGGAGGUUGUUCUCUCUUUCAGGGCCGGAACACAAGGCCAUGAAGGAAUACAUAGAAGAAUCACUGGCAGCCAGGAUCAUUCGCCCAUCUUCAUCCCCUGCGGGAGCAGGAUUUUUCUUCGUGGACAAGAAAGACAAGACCCUGCGACCCUGUAUCGAUUACCGGGGUCUCAAUGAGAUCACGGUAAAAAACAGGUACCCUCUUCCUCUCAUCUCCACCGCCUUUGAGUUCCUGGAGGGAGCCAAGAUUUUCACAAAACUGGACUUAAGAAAUGCAUAUCAUCUAGUCAGGAUAAGGGAGGGGGAUGAAUGGAAAACAGCAUUUAACACACCAACGGGACAUUAUGAAUAUUUGGUAAUGCCUUUUGGGCUUACUAACGCUCCAGCUGUUUUCCAGAACCUUGUCAACGAUGUCCUGCGCGACAUGUUGAAUGUUUAUGUUUUUGUUUAUUUAGAUGAUAUUCUGAUAUUCUCCCCGGAUGAGGAGACUCACAUUAUUCAUGUCCGCUCUGUUUUGCAGCAGUUACUGCAGAAUCAACUCUAUGUCAAGGCUGAGAAAUGUGAGUUCCACCAGGCGUCCGUUUCUUUUCUGGGUUUCGUCCUGGCUCAAGGUGAAGUCAAGAUGGACCCUUGCAAAAUCGAUGCCGUUAUUAAUUGGCCUACUCCACGUCACGCAAAGAUGUACAAAGGUUCUUAGGGUUCGCAAACUUCUACAGGAAAUUCAUCAGGAAUUUCAGUUCUAUAGCCUCUCCUUUGCAUGAUCUUACCUCGCCACACAAACCUUUUGUAUGGAACCCGCUUUGUCAUGCAGCUUUUCAAAAACUUAAGUCGAGCUUUACC